CUGAGAAUAAAAAAUAAACCAAUCCUAUUAAAAAAAUAAAUUUUGGGUUGGGAUGAAGUAACUGCAGAGAGAGUGGCGGAUAUAUCAAAGUCGUGUGCUUUCAUCCUCGAUCGUUUCAUAUUUCUCGCUCUAAAUUUUAUUUCUUCACGGAUAUCCCAGAGUCCAGAGAUCUCCACUUGUAACUUCGCCGAUGGAGUCAGCCGCCGUUCUUCGGUCAUUCCACCAUCCUCUAGGUACAUCUAAUCUGAAGUCAGUAUUGGAUAUGCCUGGUGUGAUCCCCAUGAAUAGUGCUGCAUUGUCCAAGUUUGAAUUUCCCGGGAAGCUCAUUUUCAUGCGUAGCAGGCACAAUAGAUUUGUCGUUUCAUAUGCGAAGCCAUCUAAAACAAAUGCAUCAGAAAAUUUGAAUGGGGCUGCCAUUUUGGACGAGAGUCAACUAGAAUUGCUAAACGGGAAGCAUCCACAGCUAGAAGCUACAUUUCCUGAUGAUAUUGAGGCACUAAUAACAGAAGUAUGUGAUAGCAAAGAAAUUGCAGAGUUGAGACUUAAGGCUGGGGGAUUUGAAAUGCACCUGAAGAGGAAGGUUGAGGGUGCUAUAGUCCUUGCUCCAGUUUUCUCUCCCUCACCACCAACUACUCAAAGUGAACCCGUGACUGACUCAUUGGUUACUGCUUCUUCAGUGCCAAGUCCCUCUGGAAAGAGUAGCCCAUUUGUAAAUAUCUCCGCAGAGAAGUCUGCAAAGUUAGCAGCAGCAGAAGCUUCUGAAAGUAGUGGCCAUGUCCUAAUACCAUCAAAAUCUGUUGGCUUAUUUCGAAGGGCUAAAAAUUCAAAGGACCCACCUACUUGCAAUGAGGGUGAUGUUAUAAGAAAAGGGCAACGUAUUGGCUUUGUUGAUCAGUUUGGCUGUAUAAGUCCUGUCAUUGCAAAUGUUGGUGGAAAGGUCGCAAAGUUCCUCUAUGAUGAUGGAGAAGCUGUUGGCUAUGGAGAUUCACUUGUUGCUGUUCUUCCAUAAUUCUCUUUUCCAGAAAUACUUGUUCUUGUGGUUCUCAUAUAUGGUACUCGAGCGGCAUAUAGAGAUCGACAAUGCUGUUUUAUUUGUGAUCGUGUAUGAGUUUAGUUUACCCAAAAUAAGUAAAUUAUCUAGAAAUUGAAUUGUCAGUGUUAUAGAUAUGGUAAUAUUAUGAUCUAUUUUAAUCUAUUUUAUGGCAUCCCUGUUCGCUUUUAGAACCGUCAAUAGAACAAAACCAAGUAAAAUAGUAUCAUAUUGCUUAUUUAUUAUAUUAUUAUAUUAGCAGUAAUAUAAAA